UUAUAUAAACAAAGCCAUUGUGUAACAAUGGAGGCAUUUGAAAUAAGGUGUAACCCCUAAUUGGCUGUGAAAAGAGCAAUAUCAGCUAGAUUGGCUUUAGAGCAUGGGGAACAUUGCAGACUCCCUAAUGUGUAGAGUCUUAUGUGGAAAUACCCUUGGGCUGUGUGCAAAGUAAUAUAAAAAACUGACGCCAGAAGGUUCUUUUGUGAUGAAACCUAAAUCAACUGGUUUAUUGCCCCCACCCCACCCCUGUAUUGGGAGCCAAGAUGGGCGUGGUAAGGCGUAGGGGCGUAUCCCCAGUGCUAAUAAGACAGGAGGGGCUGCUGGAUUGACCCAGUUGUGUAAGUGGCAGAGGGGAUUGGGUCACCAUGGUGCAGGCCUGGUACAUGGACGAUUCCGCGGAGGAUCGGAAGAAGCCGCACCACCUGCAGCCGGAGCAGCCUGUAAGCUUAGAGCAGCUGAAGGCAUUCGGGGUGCACUCAUUCUCAUUGGAUGCUGACAGAUACAAGUCUGAUCCUGAGCUUGCCAAGAUCCGCCAGGAAAAAAACUACACCCGGAUGGAUAUCGUAACCAUGCACAAGGAUACGAAGCCCAGUAAGGAGGAAAAGCUGAAAAGCUUCUACGAGGAACACUUACACCUCGAUGAUGAAAUUCGUUACAUCCUUGAGGGCAGCGGGUACUUUGAUGUUCGAGACAAGGACGACAGGUGGAUCCGGAUCUUCAUGCAAAAAGGGGAAAUGAUAGUUCUGCCGGCUGGGAUUUACCAUCGCUUCACCGUGGAUGAAAAUAAUUAUGUGAAAGUCAUGAGACUGUUUGUGGGAGACUCAGAGUGGACCUCGUUUGACCGCCCUGCUGACCACUGUGAGGCUCGUGAAAAAUACGUUCAGUUUUUGACACAGACAGUUUGAACUUUAUUUCUCUUGAGCUUUGGCUGACUUGUUCUGUUCAGAGAAUGAGUGGGAAAUUGAAUAAAUAUCCUUUGCUAAAUGGAGGUAAUAGUUGUGAGGUUUGACAUAAUAUCAUAUACUCUUAUACUCUGAAGCUUAGCAUAUUAUACUCCAUUUUGAAAUGUAUUUCCAUUUUGUAACUGCUGACUGCAAGGCUUGACAUUCCAUAAUAGUUGUUUUUCUCAAGUAGUACCUUUGCAAGGCUUGCACCUUACAAAAUACAUGUUAUGAAAAACAGCUUUAUCCUAUGUCUUCUCUGAUGCAUCCUAUACUCCUUACAUUUUUGCAGUGGUCAUCCUUGAAGCUAAGGUGGUCUCUUUCUAUUUUUUGUAAUACAUUCCUUUGUAUGUACACAUACACAAAAGGUAUAAAAGCUAUAAGCACGUAAAAAUAAAUUGAACAAGUUUGAACUGC